GAGAAAAAGAGAAGAGAAGAGAGAGGGUUGUCUUCUUCUCCAGCUGAGGGAAUCAGGUGCCCUCUGUCACCUGGGCAACCACCAUGUCUCUGCACCAUGUGACGCAGUCUGCUGUGGAACCACUGUCAGUGUGAUCUGAGCAAACCCACUUUUUCAGCCAGAGCUCUGCAGCACUGUCUCUCCCCUGAGCCCUGGAAACAGGUGAUCAAAGUUGUGUUCUCAUAUAUUACGUGUCAAUAAGAGUCUCCCACCUGAUUGGAUAAUGACUAUGGAGGGAGAAGAGUCAGACAACAUGCCAUCAAAAUACCCUGAGAUCGCUGAGGAGGAAAUGGAACCCAGCAAUGUGCCCAGUUACCGCCAGUAUCUGCACAGGCUGUUUGGUGAGGCCACCACUCAGUAUUUCCUCAGUGACUCGACCCUGGAGAGGGACACGCCCCCCUGGUACACUCAGAUGAUGGAUCGCCUGGGAGACAGUCUAAGUGCAGAGGCGGUAUGGAAUGCCUUGAGUGAUCGGACCAGAGCCUUAGUGAUGGAAAUAGAGGCAAACUCUUACCAGGCUAAAAAAGUCCAUUUGGAAGGAAAUGGGAUGCGAGGCAGGAACUACCGUCGCCAUCUCUCUGGAGUCAGGUUGAUGUUCCGUACUGCUAAAUAUAAGGAAGCGUGUUCCGCCAUUCUCCUCGAACGGAACCCACCACCCUUCUUCCUUGACCUUGAGGCCAGUGGACCUGCUAGGUACCUAGAGCAUGAGGAGACCCGAGCUGUGGAAACUUUCAAAGAUUAGAUGUUGUCGUGACAACAAGGAGCACAUAAUUGACAUGCAUGACUUGUUCUUUUCUGCUUUAGGUACAUCCUUUUUUUUAAACUUUCAAAGAUUAGAUGAUGUCGUGACAACAAGGAGCACAUAAUUGACAUGCAUGAGUUGUUCUCUUCUGCUUUAGGUACAACUUUUAGGCAACUUAAAAAUAAACACAUUAAGGCAGAAUCUCUGAGUGACGUACACUAGAGCGUGAAACUUUUGCGUUCACCUAAUGCUUCUUUAUUUUAAGACAGUGUACUGUUUCCUUUAUCUACCAUCACUGGGCUGUCAGUUCACACACUAAGGGCCCUAUCUUGACAAUCUAAUGCAUGGUCACUGGCAAAAAGUUUAUUUCAAUUUAGUGGGAUGUCCAGUCCAUUUGGGAGUGCUUACCCCAAUAAUGUUUGAAUGACUGAAUAAAAAAAUCUGGUGAUGGUG